AUGGCUUCUCCCCCCACAGGCGCUUAAUGCCUACUACCUGCCUAACAAGAACCAAAUGGUCUUUCCUGCCGGCAUUCUUCAGCCGACUCUUUACAACCCUGAGUUUCCACAAUCUCUGAACUAUGGAGGAAUAGGAGCCAUCAUCGGUCAUGAACUGACACAUGGAUAUGAUGACUGGGUGAUGCAAUGGUUCAUGUUCUUAGGGGGUCAAUAUGAUCGCCACGGAAACCUCAAGCAGUGGUGGACCGAGGAGUCGUACAGAAAGUUCCAGAAGAAAGCCGAAUGUAUCAUGGAGCUCUAUGAUAACUUCACAGUGUAUAACCAGAAGGUUAAUGGCCGUCAGACUCUAGGAGAGAACAUCGCAGACAUGGGAGGGCUGAAGCUGGCGUACUCCGCCUAUCAGAAGUGGGUUCGGGAACACGGUCCAGAGAGACCGCUGCCCGGCCUCAAAUACACUCACGAGCAGCUGCUCUUCAUCGCUUUUGCACAGAACUGGUGCAUGAAGAGACGAUCUCAGUCCAUCUACCUGCAGCUGCUGACUGACAAACACGCUCCAGAGCAUUACAGGGUGAUCGGCAGCGUUUCCCAGUUUGACGAGUUUUCCCGGGUUUUCCAUUGUCCGAAAGGUUCUCCCAUGAAUCCUGCCAGCAAAUGCUCCGUCUGGUGAAUUUGGCAGCACUUGAUGAAUCUCAGUUUUUAUUUUCACACCCAAAUAUUUCUCUUCACUUCUGGAUCCUUCUCUGCAAUGACCUCCAGAGCCUCUGGAGGCAACACUGAGUUGGUUCAGGCUCCACCAGUGACUGCUGUCAUACUUUUAGUUUGGAUAGUACCAGUUUGAUGACAGAAAGCAUGGAUGAUCAUUCAUAUGGUAUUUCAUUAUUUAUAUUUUUGUAAGUUUAGUUUUAUGUUAAAAUCUAUUUUUAUAUUUGAAAGAUAUUCAUAAACAUGUGCAGGAAUCUUAGUUGUUUAGCAUUAUUUCUAGCAUUGAAUAAAAAUGAACUUUUCAUGUCCAAAAUUUGAACAUUUUCAUACUUCAUGCCAGCUGUGCCCUUCUUUGGGUUUUUUUGGAGGGUUGGACUUGUGUUGCAGUGCUGCCCUCUUGUGGCUGCAGAAGGGAAUGGUUCCUGUUCUGACUGUUGUGUUGUCUGCCUGCACCGGUCUCUCGUAUCUUUGAAUGUUUGUAAGGUUUUUAAGAUUUGUCCGUUUUUGAAAAGCAACAAAGAUGGAUUUUUUGCAGCUGACGGCGGAUCUUCAGGAUCAAUUCUUCAAAAACACUGAAGCGGGAGAUCCUCCAAACUCUAGACUUUUGGAGAAGAAGAGUUGUAAUUUUUCCCUGGAAUCACAGAAUGAACUGAUUUUUCUCUUGAAAACAGAAGAAUUCACAUCUUUGAAGGAGCGAGAACUCAACAAUUACGAUGUUUGAGUUCACAUCACGUGAUCAUUAACCUCCUCAUUACAGAACAUUCGAAGUGAAUCUAUUAUUAAAGGAGAAUCAGAGAUUUUUAUGGUAUGGCAGGUAAAAUACUUUACUUUUGAAGGAAGAAACUGCUGGAAUGAUGAGUAUUUUUACAUUUGGAGAGCUUUCUCAGAUGUUGUUGAAGUGAGUGCAUGUUUCCAUCCAUCAAAUUCCGAUUGAUAACAAUGGAGGAUGUUCCACAAACGCAUCAGUCUCAUUGUUCAGCUGCUGUCUCCUCCUCCUCCCUGUUGGUCGCUGUUUGAUGUUUGAAUAAACGCAACGGUUUGAUCUCCGUGCUGACAUGUGUGUCA